UCCUAGGUCAUACCGUAUACACAUACUGUAGGCCACCAACGCACCAUCCACAGUCCCUCCCCAACUCCCAAAGUCGCUUGUUGUCGUGCAAGCAUGGCCAUACAGCAGAUAAUCCGUUGUUCAUGCAGGGCAAGUUUGAUCCACUGCCCUAUAUGUGGACUGCAUCAUCCGUUGCCUGCGGAAACGCACCAGUGCCCGAUGGGCCUGGCACGCGCCGUGCCAGCGAUGGGCCGCGGCAGUUGCCAACCCUUACUGCGGCCUUAAACGUGCAUCGCUUGAAAAUGACGUUCUCUUGCUGACCUUGUUAAUAACACUGACUGUUUGAACGGGACAUGUCGCCAUUCGUUCUUUUAUUCUAUUGCACCUUCUCUACCGACAUGCAUUUAUCUGCCAUGGAAUGCAUGAGAUGCUGCAAUUGAACUAAAUGUUAAAGGGUAUAUCGGCAAGUGUUGAGAAACCGAAAACUGCUUGGACUGGGGCUUCGCUGUGGUAGGAAUGGCGCCCAAGAAUCUUCAGCAAUCUAAACCAGUUAAGCCACCUACGCCAGAGGAGGAGUCGGAAGAGGAGGACGACGAGGAGGAGGAGGACGAUGAAGAGGAGGACGAGGAGGAGGACGAUGACGAUGACGACGAUGAUGAAGAUGAGGAUGAUGAUGAAGACGAGGAGGAGGAGGAGGAGGAGGACGAUGACGAGGAGGAGAAGUCUGAGGGGGACAGCCGUGCUUCGGUGACCCCUCCCGCCCCGACAGCUGCUCCACUGCCUCCCGCGCGAGCUGCCCCACUGCCUCCCAAAGCCCCCACCCCACUCACACCACAGCAGAUUAAAGAAGAGCGGCUGGCGGCGCUCCUCGCAGCCCACAAGGAGAAGGUACGGCAGCUGACGCACGAGCGACAGCAGAUUGUACAGCAGCAAUCGCUGUACGGCACAGCCAGCACCACCGCCGCCGUUGCGUACGAGCGCAGUCGUACCGGUGGCGGUGCAAGCGGCGGCGGCGGGUUGGGGGCCGGCGGCACGGCGCGUAGCGGCAUGUCCGGUGGCACGGACGGUGGCGAGGGAGGCGCUGGUGGCGGUGCUGGUGGUGGUGGCGGCGGUGGUGAGGGGGAGCCUGUGGUUACGGCGGGCGCACACUCGCUCAGUCCGCCGCUGUGGCGGCCGACCAGCUCGGACGCGUCCCGGGAGGACCGGGCGGCGGCGCGGGCGGCGCUCAUCAACCAGCUGCAGGAGGAGCAUAUGGCGGCGGAGGCGGCACUGUCGGCGUUGCGGGAGGGCAAGUCUCUGGCGACGGCGCGGCAGGUGGGCAGCGAGAUGUACCAGUCCCAGCUGGAGGCUACAGCCGUGGAGCGGCGGCAGCAACGCAUCAGUCAGCUGCAGCAGCAGGCCAUGAAGCAGGCGCAGCUGCAGCACCUGCAGCAGCACCAGCAGCUGCUACAGCCGCCCAUGCAGCCGCCUGCUACUGCCGGCUCCGCCGGCUCGGGCGCUACAGCCGCGCUGACGCAGCGCAACCUCGGCCGCAUGAGCCAGCAGCAGCACAUGGAGGGGGAGGGGGAGGGUGGGAAGGAGGGGGAAUUCGGUGCGGGGACAGGGGGGCGGCAGCACCACACGAUACACGCCACGCCACGGGGUCUGCAUGACACGGGCGGCAGCGGCAGCUCGCGAGCGACUGCACUCACAGCAGGCGGUGGUGGGGGUGCCGACCAGCAGUCCAUCGCACCUAGGGUCACUUUCUCCACCACUCUGCUGCCGCGGACCGGCACCGCCGCCUCGGGCGGGCCGGGUCUGGGCGGCACGACGAGGUCGGGCCGCUCGUCCGCCGCGCACAGGCCCGGCAGUCCACAGUCGGCUGAGUCGGGCGAGAGCGCCAGGACAGGCAACGGCACACACGCCAGUAACGCGGGCGGCGGCACGGGCUCGAGGGCGGGUCUGCGCAGUGCCGCCAGCAGCACCGUCAGCGCACGAGACGUGCAGCUGCUCCGCAACACCAGCGGCUUGUCUCGGGGCACCUCCCUCGGCGGCCUGUCGCCUCCGCUGACACCGCCGGACGGGACGGGCGGCGACGCGCCCGCAUACGUGUCCGAGCUGAGGGAGCAGGUCAAGGCGCUGCAAGCUGCUGUGGAGCAACAAGUCAUGCAACAACAGCACCAACAACACAUGAUGAUGCCGCCGCCGUACAUGCCGCCGUACAUGCCAGUGCCCAUGUACGCCGCGCCGCCGCCGCCACCGCAGCCGCCGCCGCCACCGCCAGCGCCAGCGCAGCCGCCGGACCCCAUCCUCGCAUCCCUGCCUCCCGAGGUGGCUGCUGACCCGGAGAUGCGAGGCGCCCACGCCGCGCAUGCCAAGGAGAUGGCACUGCUACGGAUGGAGAUCGAUCGCGCCCGCACCGCGGCGGAGCUGGAGCAGAUACGAGCACUGCUCAAUCAGAUACGGGGUGACGCCAAGCAGCAGCAGACGGUCGCGGCGGCAGCGGAGGCGCAGGCGUCGGCUGCAGCGGCCACAGCGGCGCAGCAGGCGGCAGAGGCGGCGGCAGCUGCGGCGGCGGCGCAUCAGUCGGCGGCGGCGCCGCCGGCUCGGCGUGAGCCGUCUGGACACAUCCAUGACAACGAUGACGCGGACUUCAACGAGUGGCGUGAUGCUGUGCCGGUAGAGAACUCCGGCCCAGCUCUGGAUCGCGAGGAGGACGACGAGGGCGGGCCGGCCUUCCCGGGGCAGGACGGCGACGAGCCCUCCGAGCGACUGGAUUCGCAGGCCGGUCCGGGCCGCCCCCCGGUGGGUCUGGCCCCCGACACGCACGUGCUGGAGGUGCGCCUGGGCGCCGCCGGCCCCUUCACCAAGCGCGGCGUGUACCGCGUGCGGGUGGUGCUGUACGACGGCUUCCAGCCCAUGGAGGCGGCGCCGGGCGUGAUGGUGGGCGCGGCGUCGCGGCAUGUGGAGCCGACGCUGGAGGACGCGGCGGGCGGCCCCGCAGCCGCCGGCGCCUCCCUGUACACCUCGAGCAGCGCACUGCUGUAUGUGCACUUCAAUGAGACGCUGAGGCUGGUGGGCAUCCCGCUGCCGCCCACCGCCCUAGCGGUGUUCGAGGUGUACGUGGCCAAACAGGCUGUGGCGGGUCUGCCCAGCAAGGAGGCGCUGGUGGCGUGGGCGUACGGCCCCGUGAUGGCGGGGGCGUCACUGGUGAACGGCAAGCAGACGGUGCCUGUGUUCCGGCUGCCGCUCAUGAUCGCGGCGCAGCGCAAGUACAGCUACGACAACGCCACCCUGGACUUUGAGGUCAUGCGGAGGGACGGCAACCCAGGCGACGUGGCCACGGCGGCUGUGGCGGACGCUGCGGAGGCUGCUGCGGGCGAGGACGGCGGCCCCAUCAGCCGCGUGGAGGACCUGCCGGGCGUCAGCGUGGACGCGUGGAUGCGGGUGACUCGCGGCCUGCCGCCCUCCGACCCCUACACGCCCGGAGACGGCUUCGUGGUGUGUGUGGACGGUGGCCGCUUCCUUCCGGCCAAUGUCACCGUCACAAAGGUCACGCUGUCCAUUUGGAACUGCGACCGGCGGCCCCUAGGUGUGGGCGGCUUCUACGGCAUAUCCUGGCCCGACUCCGACUCGCUCAACCCCAGGUACUCCAAGUCUGCCACACUGGGUACGGGCAAUGACAAGUUUGACGACAGCACCGCCACUCUGCUGUUCAAGGUGACCACGCUGGAGCGCCACAGCCGCGCCGCCUCCGUGGUGGGCUGGGCGGUGCUGAACCUGUUCCUGGACCCCAAGACGCAGCAGCAGCCCGUGAGCAGCUACGUGCUAGACUACGCGCUCAACCAGGGCGCCUUCCAGAUCCCCAUCCACUCCCGGCCGCCGCCGCCCGAGACCAAGCUGCGCACCAGCAGCCUGGACGCCGUGCCGCGUGUGCCGUGCGCCUCGCUGCUGGUGCGCAUCAUGGCGCCCGAGAUGCACAAGCUGCAGAGGCGCAAGAAGGCCCCGGAGUUCGGGGACCGAGUGUACGACAGCACGCGCGAUUACCCGACCGGCCUGGAGCGAAAACUGUACAACAGGUACCUCCGGCGGAAGAAGUUCCUGGUGCGUGAGGCCGCUCGCCUGCUGGUCACCGGGCGGGUUGCCCCGCUGCGCGCCUCAAACGCUGACCCGCUGUUUGAGGACGAGGACGAGGACGAGGCGGCAGCCAUGGCGGGGCCUGAAGCGGUGCUGCCCAGCAGUGAUGUGGAGCUGAUGGACUGGAUCGACAAGGCGUUGCAGACCGGCACCUCGCCGGGCCCGGAUCCCAAUGACCGCCCCCUCAACUACAACCGCUCCUCCGAGUACUACCACGACCUGGGCUUCUGGGUGGCGGUGGACGGCGCCCUGCGGCUGCAGCGCAACCUGCCCGCCGCCGCGCUGGUCACCUUCGCGCCGCCCGGCAGCUUCUACCAGGACAGCCCCAUCACAGAUGACGUACAGGUCACACUGGACUAUGACAUGACCGCCCCGCUGGCCAACCCGCGCUGGACCGACGGCUACGUGCACUUUAGCGGCGUGCUGCACGAGCCGGGACUGUGCGUGAUCGUGGACGUGCGGCUGGUGGUUCCCUCCACCGGCACUUCCGCGCCCGCGGGCUGGACUGCUGUGCGCCUGUUUGAGCGCGAGGGGCAGUUCGUCGCCAGCGGUCACUACCACCUGCCGCUGUUCGCGGGAGUGCCCUCGCGCUUCCUGCUGCAGGAGAUUGCGGCCAAGGGUGAUCUGGACACAGUGAUUGCCAACCAGCUGAAGAUCGGGCGGCUCAAGAUCCACGAGGAGUGCGGCAGUGUGCUGCUGCGCAUCAUGGACGUGUCGCGUGAGGGCCAGAUGGAGGCGCCCGCCACGCUGGCCCCACUGGCGCUGCUGCGGCGGCCGCAGUACAUGCAGCUGGCGCCGGCGCUGGGGCCCAAGCACUAUGCGGCCAUGUGCAAAGAGGUGAAGAACAAGACGUACGCCCAGGCCAAGCCCAAGAACCUGAGUGAUGACGUCUGGAUCGAAAUGAUCAACGACACAAUCAUCAAGGUCGCGGGUCUGGACGGCGGCGAGGACGAAGAAGACGUGGAUGCAGGCGAGGAGGCGAGCCUGGCGGCGGCAGGCAUCAGCCCGGGGCCCGGCGGCGGCGGCGGCGGCGCCACACCGCAGCAGCGGCGGACUGCUGGCAGCCGCCGCGGCGGCGGCAGCGCGGCGCAGCAGCCACUGGCGCCGAUCGCCACGCCACUCCUCUCGUCCGGAGCGCCCAUGGGCCCAGGCUCCGGCGGCGGCGCCGCUCCUGCGGCAGGGCCGGGCGGCGUCGCGCCUGCCCCGGGGUCGCUGUCGGCACCGCCGCCGCCGGCUCCUGGCGCCGGCAUGGCGCCGCAGCCCGGGCAGGCGUGGCCCAUGCCGUUCGGCGCGUUCCGGCCGCCGUACCCGUACCCCAUGUACCGCCCGCCCAUGAUGUUUCCGUACGGCAUGCCGCCGUACAUGAUGGGGGCGAUGGGCGGAAUGGGCGGAAUGGGCGGAAUGGGGGGGAUCGGAAUGCCGAUUGCAAUGGGCGGGAUGGGCGGCGGCAUGCCCAUGGGGAUGGGGAUGGGAGGCAUGGGCAUGGCCGGUGGGAUGGGCGGUAUGCCGAUGGGGGCGCCGGGCAUGAAUGGGAUGGUGAUGCCAGGGAUGCCUCAGCAGCAGAUGCAGCAGAUGCAGCAGCAGCAGCAGAUGCAGAUGCAGCAACCUGGGGCAGCGGCUGGCGGGGGCGGCAUGGUGGCGGCGGGGCAGGGCGUGCCGCCGCCGUCGGCACAGCCUGGGGCAGCUGCGCCAGGAGGCGCACCUGGGGCGGCGCAGCCACCAGGGUAGAGAUACGUCGCUAGACGUCGCAGAGCUUAAAGCCGAGGCCGGGGCAGGGCAGUGUUGCAAACUGCAUGGUGGGCAAGAAAACAGGAGGAGGCAAUGUGCUGGGCCAGGGCUCCCGCCUUGCGUUUUAUUAAAUGAUGUGACCCAUUCAUUCAUUCCUGCACUGUCACUGUCACUAUUUCCAGGGUGUGACUGUAUGCGCUUGGCCCAUGGAUCAGCCGGAGUGGGAAUGUGCGCGAGUACGGUAGAUGGUCAUCUCCAAAGGGAACGGACAUCGGCCUGUUCAGGAACUUGACACAUCAUGUCGGCAUACCGUAUGUUGUCUCGCUCCCCGCAUUGCAACAACAGCGGUGCUGUGGGCACACGAAGCGGUGAUGUGGCGGUGCUGCUGUGUAGCGGCGGGCCAGGUCUCGGUAGUCAGUACGCUCCGACCUCACUAUCCCAGGGUCGCCCCAGCCGGCAAAUACCGUGCGUGGCGCGUCGGUGCGGCAGGUGUUUUGCGGGUGGCCGUAUGCGCCCAGGCGGCGCAAUAAAGCUUGUAACAAGUGGGCGACCAAGGUGGUUAGAGGGCCCGCCGGCCCGCACCUUGGCCCGCACUGCAACAGCGUAUUCAAGCCUUCCACUGCCCCAGGCCUUGUUCAAAGCUCGUUCCCUUCUGGCACAUCGGACCGCGGGCCGGCUUGGCGAGUUGGCGAGUUGGCGCUCUGAAACACUCAUUUUGGAUAC